AUGGCCACAUCGUUGAUAACCUCACUGAUCCCAUCGUUGGACGAAGUGAUCUUGGACUACCUGGAAGGAUACCUUGACGAGGAUGAAGACCCGGUUGGAACGUUUGUCAAACCACUCUUGGAAUGCGAAGGGAUCAAGGAGAAUCAGAUCAACGAUGUAUGCAAUCGACUCAAUCAGAUCCUGGCAAACAAGCGCGAAAUUCAGAAGAGUGACCAGGAUGGGCCUAAAACCCUGGAUCAGGCUGUUCACAUGCGAUCCCAGGCGGCGAUGUCCAAGAGGGCCGAUGUAUGGAGAGAUCGACUGCUAGCAGAGGAAGCCGAACUGAAUGCUUUAUUAUCCGCACCCGAUCCACACGGUAACUCUGAUACUGCCGAAGCGCGAGCAGCAGUCAGAGAUCGAGAGCUUGCCACCAUACGACUCGGAGAAGUCCAUCAACUCUUGGUGGAUAUUGAUGCCGAAACAGGUCCAAGUCGAGCAGCAGAGUUGUUAGCGGGACUGGGGUUCUCGACUGAAGACCAGGCUCGGCCGACGAAGGCAUUCUCUGGAGGUUGGCGAAUGAGACUCAGUCUGGCAAGAGCACUGUUUUGCAGACCCGAUCUCCUACUUCUUGAUGAACCGUCGAACAAUUUGGAUCUUAAUGCUCUUGCUUGGCUUGAGGAUUAUCUCCAGACCUGGCCCGGAUCUUUGCUCGUGGUUUCUCACGACCGUGCUUUCUUGGACGAAAUCGCUACCGACAUCAUUCACCAACAUUCACAACGACUAGACUACUACAAGGGAAACUUCACUCAGUUCUAUGCAACCAAAUCUGAACGAGCCAAGAACCAACGUCGAGAAUAUGAAUCCCAACUCCAAUACAGACAACACUUACAAGCGUUUAUCGAUCGAUGGCGGUAUAAUGCUAAUCGGGCAGCCCAGGCCCAGAGUAAAAUCAAAAUUCUGGAGAAAUUGCCCGAGCUGGAACCUCCUGAGGAUGAUGAUGUCGUCCAUUUCAAGUUUGCGCCGACCGACAAGUUGACACCCCCUCUUCUCCAACUAGAGGACUGUUCAUUUGGCUAUUCUACUGACAAGCCAAUAUUGAAGCAUGUGAACAUUGAUGUGACGAUGGAAAGUAGGAUGGGGUUGAUUGGUCCUAACGGAGCAGGUAAAUCGACCCUACUCAAGUUACUCAUUGGGGAGCUUCAACCAAUCGAAGGCCGACAACACCGAAACAGCCGCCUGAGGAUCAGUUAUUUCUCGCAACAUCACGUGGACCAGCUGGAUUUGAAUCUAUCACCGGUCUCCUUUCUAGCCGCCCGAAUGCCCGGGAAAUCUGACCAAGAGUACCGUCAACAUCUCGGGAGUUUCGGACUGACGGGCCUGACGGGCUUGCAACAGAUCUCGACCCUGUCUGGAGGACAGAAGAGUCGAGUGGCCUUCGCCCUUCUUAGCUUGCAACAACCUCACAUCUUGGUCCUUGAUGAGCCGACCAAUCACUUGGAUAUCGAGGGGUUGGAUGCUCUCAUGGAUGCCCUUUCUAAAUGGAACGGUGGUGUCAUCGUUGUUUCUCACGACAGUCGAUUCAUUCAUAACGUCUGUAAAGAAUUAUGGGUCGUCGCUUCCCAAAAAGCUGAGAAAUUCGUUGGCGAUGUUAGCGCAUACAAAAGUCUCAUCGUUGCCAACCAGAAAACCAAACCGACCUGA